UGUGCAACCGACCGUGUCGGGACCCAAAGGUGUGCCAUGGUUUACGUAUAUAUGUAGAGGACUACACCUGUGCUCGGUUUUGCUGUUUACGAACUGUCACUGACUAUACAGGAACACACAUUCAAAUAAAGACGUUAAUCAGUAAUGGGGAGAGGACAACGCCCUAUAAGUGGAGGGCUUGUGAUAAUACUGCUCAUAACAAGUUCAAGCCCGAUAACACACUCUGCUCUAAUAAACGGAAACAUUUUCAGCUCUACUGUAAAAACAUUUACAGACAAGGUUGGAUUUCCCGAUAUACAGACAUUAUACAAUGAUGCCCAAUCCACAUCUUUCGAAGUUGAAGGAGUGAGUCUUGUAGCAGAAAUUUCCAAUUCAUUGGGAGUCAAGUUUAACGGACCCGUAUCAGCAGCAAAGAAAAUCAAAGAGGUAGUGGAAGCAGAGGAAGGAAACUUUUCUCCUACCCUCUUAUCCUCCCAGUGCUGCCAAAGUGUUGGGGUCUCUUACAGUUCAAAGUUCAAAACUGACGUGGCGUUGGAUAGAUCGUGUACGCAGAUAUCGAAGGAUGCAUCCCCUAACCGGAACUAUCCCACAAAGGCUGUAGAGGAUGCUAUGAGGGAGAAUGCUCGCCUAAACCCCAACCUAAAGUGGCAGUAUUUUGCCAGCGAGGAAGGUUACUACCUCAGCUGGCCGUCUGUCCGACAGAGCGACUGUGAUAACUACGACCCACGUUUCAGACCGUUCUAUGUGGCGACGGCUACUCCUGUUCAUAAGGACGUGGUCGUCAUAUUGGACCAAUCAGGGUCAAUGGCUGGACUGUACAAUGGGGUCACGUUGAUGAAAAUCGCACAAGACGCCGCUAACACUGUUCUGGAGACGUUAAAUCCAAAUGAUAGGGUUUCGGUUGUCGCCUUUGAGUCAAACGCUGCAAUUGUUGGAGUAUCAGAACGUUCGUGUCUCAACCUUGAAUUAGCAUUGGCAACGCCGCUAAACCAGAAAUAUCUCAAGAGAAAGAUAAACAGUCUGACAACAGGGUUUGCUACAAACUAUGAAGCGGCACUGACAAAAGCGUUUGAUGUUUUUGAAUCGUCUUCUAAUAUCCUAAACGGUACACAUAGAGAACAGGUAAUACUGUUUCUAACAGAUGGGAAAAAAACGGCUGGUGGUGAUCCACUAACAACGAUAGCACAAAGAAAUCAAAAACUCGGGAACAGAGUUAUGAUCUUUACCUACGCUCUUGGGAAUUCUUUUGAUGCGACGGACAAAACGUUGUUAGAAAAUAUGGCUGCUCAAACUCAAACGAAUCCUUCAUAUGGAGUAAUCAAGGGAGGCGAGUACAAGCAGAUUAUAGAUCCUAGUCUCCUAAGAAGUUCCAUGGCGUCCUACUACAACAGGUUCAGCAGUAAUGAAUAUCGGACUGAACCUGUCUUCUCAGUACCUUAUAUAGACCUCUUCGGAUUAGGUCUGAUCACGUCAGUAUGUUUACCUGUGUAUAGAGGUUCAGGAGAUCUGAUGGGUGUGUCUUGCUCUGACGUCACGAUGGCGGAUCUUCUCUCAGACAUAACAUAUUUUCACGAGGGAGACUUAUCUUAUGCGUUCAUCAUAGACCAGUAUGGCCGCACACUUAUGCAUCCUCAACUACCCCAACUCUCAUCUGUAAAAGACGACCCAAUCUUUGUCCACAUCGAAAAUCUAGAGAGAUCAUCUGGUGCAGCGACUGUCAUUCAAGAAAUGUUGAAGGGGACAACUAACAAGACAAAAUUCAAUUCACAACGGACGAUUCCCCGUGGCAGUGUAUUGUAUGAAGGCAUUGAGACCCGUUCUGUUAUAUCUACCUAUGCGUGGGGUUCGGUGCCUAACAGUAACCUAUCUAUGGCGAUAGUUGUUGGGGAAGGAGACACACUGGCUCGGCUCCAGCAUAUGACACCCAACGGUGACGUCUUCAACUACCACAGACUGGACUGGGACAACUCUCCCGGAACUUCCUUCUGCAAGCAUUUCAACAGAUAUUCAACCAAAGAUUAUUCAAUAACUAUGUUAACACCUGGGGCAUUUAAAGAUCCAAUUAACUACCUUAACACAGAGGAAACUAAAGCAAUAGUAACAGUAUAUGAGAAUUUUCUCCGAGGUACUACAACUACCAACCCUGGAUUGAAGGACUCUGUGACCAACUCCGUGACCUUGACCUAUCAGGCAGAGCAGAUGUGGAAGGCCAAUCAGGAGCAGGAACAACUUGUGCUGUGGCGGUAUAUUGGUACCACUGAUGGCAUCAUGCGGCUCUACCCUGGUGCGCAGCUUCCAAAGAAUUACGACCACACCCGCAGACCAUGGUUUAUCAGAUCUGUUGCGCUAAAAGGGAAGAUAGUUUUCAGCAGUCCAUACCUUGACCAGUGGUCUUUGGGCUAUGUCAUUACCGUCUCUACAACCAUCCAGGAAAAGAGUACUGGUAGUUCAACGCCUGUAGUUGCUGUCGCGGGGACAGACUUCCGUGUUCCUUACAUGUAUCAACUUUUACUGAGCUCUUACUCUAAAUGUUCAGAGACAACAUACAAUUGUCUGGUAGUAGAUAGCAGCGGGCUCGUUGUUGUACACAAGGAUUUUGUGGAGUUCACAGGCGAACCAAUGAUUGAAAAUAUGCAUAUAACACAAAAGGAACCAACGAUUGCUGAGGAUUUGCUUAACAAUCAACUCAUGAUAAAAACCAGUUGUCUAGAUUUCGAGAACAUCAAAGAACAGUUUUCUUACCGAAUCAGUUUGUCAAGCAGCUCUGAUAGGAUGAGCAGUUCAGCUGGCUAUGAAAUACAUCCGGUCGCCGAUACGAACAUAUUUGUAAUCAUCAAGAGGAUUCCUUCAUUAUCUCAGAGUUCAUGUUGUACGUCCUAUGGCGUUUCUCCCGACAAGCGGCUGUGUGGUACAAUAUCCUGUGACUGCCUGUGUUAUAAACAAACAUUUUUCAACUAUUGUUUGGACACGUAUCCAUUAUUGAGUGACACUGCCCCCACCUGCAGCCCACAGCCUCCCGACCUAUCAACUGAGGGCCUGGCAGAUACUGAUCGGGUAAAACACCUUGGCAUCUGUUUUGAUGCUCAAUGCUCAGGAAGAUCCACGAAAGGAGGAUGUCACAAUGUGUCGGGCUGUAGCUGGUGCUACCUAGACAAUGUCAACGAUGCUCUAAGUAAACCAUUUUGUGGAACAGUUUACACUUGUCAACAUGGAGCUCUUGCAACAAGUGAUCCUAACUGCUCUGGUAAUUCCUGCGGGGAUGAGGAUGGAGGAGGCAGUGGUGGUAUCAUUGCUGGUGUGAUUAUUGCUAUCCUUAUCGUAUUAGCUAUAGUAAUAGGAAUAGUAUUAUGGAGGCGGAAACAAGCUGGAGCUAGCAGCAGCUCUCCUAGUCAGAUAAAUGGUGUUGCUAACCCUGCCAUGUCAACAUCGCCAGCUCCAUCCAAUAAUGCACAGCCAAUGUCAACAUUUGCAUCAUGGGAACCAGGACUGUCAGCACCCCCUAUGUAUCCUCCUACAUAUGAAGAAAGCACUUCACACCAACACAGGGGUGCUGCUCCCGCCUUCCAGUCCUACCCAACCAAACAGUGAGGAAACUGUGUGUACUAAUAAUCAUUCGUGUUCUUAUGUACUCCAAUACAGAAAAUGAACAAAACCUUCGUCAUAUGAUUUAUCCUAUAUCCCUUGUUACGGAGUAAAUAUACCCAUGUUAUAUGUAAUUGUCAUGUACUACCGGUUUAAAAUGACAUCAGUGAUAUGUAUUUGUGUCGUAACCUGUAGGUCUAUUAUGACAUCCACACCAAAAUUGUGUCUUUGAAGUCGUUUGGUAUCACAGAAGUCGUUUGUAGACAAAAUUCAAUCUUGUGUAUGUGAUAAAAGGAUUUAAGUUCAUUUUCAUUUCAUGUAUAUGUCAUGAAACUUGUCCUGAAAUUUUCAUAUCAACUCUGCCAAAUCUGUCAAAAAUGCACAUUUCUAUACAUUUCAUUGGACGUGAAUAAGACGCAAUGGAUAUCCAAAAUGUCUUAAAUAACGGUUACAGACAAUGUUAAGAAAUACUUUGAAGAUGACACGGAUGUAAAAUUAAGUAAGAUAAGAUGCCUUAUUAUGGUUAUACAUACGAUAAGACAGAAAAGUGGUCUUUUUGUCAGUUUACCGGAUCUUACAAUGAAUUCACAAUCAAUCACAAAUAUCAGCCAUGUUACUGACAUCCAACAUUGCAAUAUCGCCAGUGUAAAAGAUGGUCAACAACGGACUUCAUCGUUACAGGCCUUCAGCAGUAUAUACUCAUUUGAAUGGAUGAUCAAUCAUAAUUUUUUGUUGUUACGGAUGUCAUGAGUUGUGUCUAAUUGUAUCCAAUACGGGUGUUAUGAGUUGUGUCUAAAUGUAUACAAAGAUGAAUUAGACUGAAUGUCAUCGGCAUAUAAUAAAAGUGUGCAGCGACAAUAAUUCUGUCAAAAAAAACGUUGAACAUUUGUUAGUACCCAUGUACUGCUGGUGUGGUGAAUUUUGUAUGCUCAUUAACCUUAUCACUAGGAUACCUAUCAUGUAUGUUCUGGAGAGAAAAUUACAUAACGCUUCUUUUUUGAGGUGGAGAUGUUUAUUUUGAAUUAACUGCUUGAAUGAUAAGCACUCUAUAGUCAAACACAUUUGACAGUUUUGAUAUACAUGUAAUCAUUGUAAUUUAACAAAUUAAUUCAUCCCUGACAACGUUUAAGGUUAAAUUGGUUUCGUGUCAAUCAUUAACAUGGCCAUUUUAAAAGUCAAAAACAAUGUCACCGUGUAUAGCUCAUACAGAAGAUACAUAUACAUGGUAUUCUAAUUCAACAGCAGAAAUGUUUGUCAACAGAGAAACGUUUUAUUUCAAUAUCACAACGAAAGUGUUUUGUGAAUACCUUUAAAUUGAUUAUGUCUGUUCACGAACAUUGCCCAGUAUGUAGAAAUAAUUAUGAAUAAUGUUAAUUUAUACUGUUAUCAUGUAGAAUGUUUGAGGUAUAUUUGUCAUAUGUGUACUAUAAGUAUUACACAAAGAAACGAAAAAAAGACAUGUUUGCAAAUUAUUCUGUUAUGAAAUCACUGGCAAUAAUAUGUAAAGAAUCCUUGUCCCAGUCUACCGGUGUCCUCUUUACAGUAGCCUCCCCUCUAACUUCCGUUUGGCUGUAACUGAUACAGGAGAGCCAUGACUCUUUGGUUGACCAGGUAGCUCAAUCGAUUAGAUAGUAUAACAAUCUAAAGUCCACGGUUUGAGCCCGGUGUAGCCCCGCUGAUUUUUUACACUUAAAACACUGCUUAUACAUUU